AAGUUCCAUGCCAAUACUAACACGGUCAUUUCUUUGCUGCAGGUAAACGGGUCGUGGGGCCUCCCCGCGUUCGUGUGUGACAUCUACAUCGCCAUGGACGUCACAUCCUCGACGUCCAGCAUAUUCAACCUAGUCGCCAUUUCUAUCGAUAGGUACAUAGCAGUAACGCAACCAAUAAAAUACGCAAAACACAAGAACAACCGUCGCGUCUGGUUCACCAUCGUUCUCGUGUGGUUAAUCUCGGCCGCCAUUGGCACGCCCGUGGUGCUGGGGCUCAACGACACGCCGGACAGGAACUAUGACGAGUGCCUCUUCAACAGCCAGAACUACGUCAUCUACUCCUCGCUCGGCUCCUUCUACAUCCCCUGCAUCAUGAUGAUGUUCUUGUACUAUAGUAUUUUUAAGGCUUUAAGGAUAAGAGCUCGGAAGCAGCGAGCGGCGAAGAAACCUCCUGUACCGGAGGGCAGCCAAGCCGUCGUUAUUGAAAACGUGGCGCAGACAAGAAGACUAGCAGAAACUGCCUUGGACGCAGCCACCAACACUGGCUCCGGUAGCAACGAGGAUGACCAUGACAGCUUCGACAAGCGUUCCGUGGAGUUGGAAGACGCGGAGGACUGCCAUGUCAUCCCAAACGACAAGUCCACGGAAUUCAUGUUGGCUGCACGAGAAGAUCUACCUAAGGUUCUGCUGAAGUCGAAGCUGAAAUCCGACCCGAACGGCAACAACGACAGCGGUUACGCGCCCUCCAGCGUCGAACCUGUCUCAUCCCCACCCAACUCUCCUGCUCCUGUCACCAGCAAGAACGGCGGCAUCGAGGAGUCUAGAAACGCAUCACUAGCAAUACGCUCCGAAGACGAACCGGACACAGUGAGCCAGUUCGGCGACUGCAAGAAGGAGCGUAAAGCCAGCGCCGCCACGGCGAGGUUCACCAUCUACAAGGCCAACAAGGCCAGCAAGAAGAAGAGGGAGAAGUCUUCAGCUAAGAAGGAGAGAAAAGCUACAAAGACCUUAGCCAUCGUUUUAGGAGUGUUCCUGUUCUGCUGGGCGCCCUUCUUCACCUGCUCAGUCCUCGACGCCGUCUGCUUCAAGCUGGGCCUCCCCUACAGCCCCGGUGUCACCGUCUUCAUGCUGACCACCUGGCUCGGCUACAUCAACUCCUUCCUCAACCCCGUCAUCUACACCAUCUUCAAUCCGGAGUUCAGAAAGGCCUUCCGCAAAAUUCUGCAUUGCGGCACCUAGCCCAUAGAUUAUUUGGUCGUCUUCACGCAAUAGGUCUACAUGGUUUGAGAUGAAGCUUGAUUCGAAAUUUAUAGCGUCUGGGGGCCUAGCUAAGAGGACAAUCACACACGCUAAUCUAAAAAUAGUCAAUUUUAUUUAUAGUUGUAGAUUAUUAUGUUGUUUAGUUAUGGAUUUGGAAAUUUUUACGUUGUUUUUACUCAGAAUCAUUUUUAUUUUAAUAGGAGAAAAAGUGUUCUAUGAUUUUUAUUUCCAUUUCUUUACCAUUUUUCAUAGACUUGAAUGAACGGAAUGAAUACACCUAUGGAAAUUUCGGGGCACUUUU